GCGGGAAUCUAUUAUAGGGGUCACCAGGUCUCCCUUCUCUCUGCUUGUAGCACUCUUCCUUCUCUAAAUUCUCCUCUUUACUCCCUUGAUUCUCUGCGUUUGAAGCUCAACUGUGACCAGGAUAUUGUCAACAGGAAACAGGAAAAGAAACUGGGAGAAGAUUUGCAGUUCCUCUACAAUAAGGAUCACUCUAUGAGUUUUUGCAGGAAUAUCCAAUUUAUAUAAAGGAAAACUGUAGAAGAUAAGGAUCCUUUCUAUGUGAUCUCUCAUGCCUGGCCCGGAGAUAAGCUACCCUACAAGUUACACAUCUAUGCAAGCUUCCAAGCAGUAUAACAAUCAGCUCAAUUCGAUGCCCAUAAGGGAAUCUACAUCCCAAAUCAUUCCUCAAAACUUCCAGCCUUUAGCAGCCCCCCUUUGCUCCGGUAACGGGUCCCAAACAAAGCAUACUUCCUCUCAAACCAAUCAACUUCAGUACUGCACGCUUGACUCCUCAUUGACUUAUAACUCUCCAUCCACUGUUAGUAUUUCUCCUACAAGUGGAAGCCCUAUAUCUCACCAAGAUUACCAAUCUGACAACACCUAUGGAUCUCCUCCAAGUGUUUCUUGCAUAACCGAUGACCCAAAUGAUCUUCAGAACAAGCUACGAGAACUAGAGAACGCAAUUCUCUGUACCGAGAUGGAAAAUCCAGUUGACAGUAUCCAGAGUGCUUUACAGAGCCACCUCUCAUUGGAUACCGAGAAUUGGAUGCAAAUAAUGGGAAUUCCUCAAGGAGAUUUGAAGCGGGCGCUUAUGGUAUGUGCUCAAGCUGUGGCAGAGAACGAUAUCUCGUUGGCAGAAUGGCUAAUAGCACAGUUGAGGCCUAUGGUUUCAGUCUCUGGGGAUCCUGGACAAAGAUUGGGAGCCUAUAUGCUUGAAGGACUUGUUGCUCGCUUGGCUUCCUCUGGUAGUUUGAUCUAUAAAGCUUUGCGGUGCAAAGAGCCUGCCAGCUCUGAUCUUCUCUCUUAUAUGCAUUUGCUCUAUGAGGCCUGUCCUUACUUCAAAUUUGGCUAUCUGUCAGCAAAUGGCGCUAUUGCUGAAGCUUUCAAGGGGGAAGAUAGGGUUCAUAUUAUUGACUUCCAAAUUGCACAAGGAACCCAAUGGGUGACUCUCCUCCAAGCUUUGGCUAAGAGGCCCAGAGGGCCACCACAUGUUAGAAUAACAGGGAUUGAUGACUCUGUCUCCGCUUAUGCUAGAGGAGGUGGCCUUCAUAUUGUAGGACAGAGACUGUCUCAUUUUGCAAAGUCUUUAAAUGUGCCUCUUGAGUUCCAUCCUGCAGUACUGUCUGCUGGUGAAGUGCAGCCUCCUGAUCUUUGGAUUCAACCGGGAGAGGCUUUGGCUGUAAAUUUUGCUUUCCAACUUCAUCACUUACCCGAUGAGAGUGUGAGCACUACAAAUCAGCGUGACCGAGUCUUGAGGUUGGUGAAGAGUUUAUCACCAAGGGUUGUUACUCUCGUGGAGCAAGAAUCUAACACCAACACUGCUCCUUUCUUCCCGAGGUUUGUAGAAACUUUGGAUUACUACACAGCUAUCUUUGAAUCGAUAGAUGUUGCCCUCCCAAGGGAGAACAAGGAGAGGAUCAAUGUUGAGCAGCACUGCUUGGCGAGGGACAUAGUAAAUAUCAUUGCUUGUGAGGGUGCUGAGAGGAUUGAGAGGCACGAGCUCCUUGGGAAGUGGAAGGCAAGGUUUACAAUGGCAGGGUUUACUCCGGUCCCACUUAGUCCACUGGUGAAUGCUACUAUCAAGGGGCUCCUAGAGAAUUACCCAGAGAAGUUUAGGGUUGAAGAGAGAGACGGUGCUCUUUAUCUUGGUUGGAUGAAUAGAGCUUUGGUCGUGUCCUGUGCAUGGAGAUGAUUAUCAAAGUUUGAGAAGACAGCGGUUCUGAAGCGGAAUGUGAUUUCAAAGAAUGAAAAGGAUGCAAGGAAUUAUAUCCUUUUGAAGACAGCUCCUCUGGUGAUGGAUGCUUGCGAUUUCAAGAUAUCGACACGAACGACCAGCCUUUGUCUCGUAACAUCAAUGAUGGAUACUAAGAAUAAGAUGGAAGGAAUAAUUGAUUCACACGAGGAGGCAGAAAAGUUCACAUUUUCUCACGUCCAUCUUUACUUUUAUGUCUCAUGAAACCUUCAUCUUAUGAUCUGUAAGAAAAAUGAAUUGACUUACCGGAUUUGGUCAAGCAUACAAGUCGUUUUGCUUUGCUUUAGCUAUAUAGUGGAGAACCAACGUUUUAUCUCUAUCAUGUAAUCUGAGAUGUGGAUCCCAUAUGUCGAUAUGCAAUGCUUUCUGAUGGUCACCUCUUC